GCCUGGUUUCAGUCAGCGGCGCAGAACCGUCGCGUACGCGUCGCUGAUGCCGGGCAUCACGUCGACCGUCACUACUUGCCGAGAUCGCGAGAAUCCGCGCGCCAGCGAUGUGAAAUAUUUCAUUCAAUUUUAUAAUACCAAUGAAUAAAAAUAUGGACACUCUGCUCGCAUAUUAUCAAAUAAAUACGUGGCGUUCCUCGAGAAUUAUAUUUCAAUAUAGCUAUUGGAUUCAUUUGCGAGAAACAAAGUUUUAAUCAACUUAGGAAAUGAAUAUCAUAUUUUUGUGAUGAUAUAUAAUUAUAAAGUUAUACGCCUCUCGUUAAGGACAUUUGCAAUGUAAAGUACCUAGAUCCUUAUAGCGAUUAGAGAAUGGACAGAAAAGUCAUUUGUCGACACGAUUUGAGUCCUGAUGGGAUGUAAAGUAUAAAUUAUGUAAUUUAUCGGUGGGUUUUGUGCGACGAUUCAUUUUCGGCCUAUCGUAUAAAAUUCCAAUAUACGGAUACCAUUUCCGUUUUAUUGAAUAAAACAGAUGGGAAAGAGGUGGAAAGUUAUAUACACCCGUAUUGGAAGCAAAGGCAAAAUUAUUGCUUUGCAGUCAAUCGAAUAAAAUUUGAAUCAGCAUCCCCUCCCCGAGGAGAUCAAACAUAAUUAAGCUUCCUUAAUUUUUUAUCAAAAAAGCGACGACGAUAUUCGUUACUGUGAUGCUAAAACGCAAAACGGACAAUAAGAAAAAUUCUUCUUUCAAAGUGACCACGUUUUAAUUGCUUUAAAGAGCACACAAUUCCUAAAUUAAUUUUAAUACAAUGAAAAUGUUCGUGGACGAUUAAUUUGAACGUUUUUCGUGGUGUAAAAUCUGGAAUAUGAAAUCGUGAUUGAACUAACAUCAUCUUUGAAGUGAAUAAUUGUUACUUUAAACGAUCUAAAACAUUCACAAAUGUGUCUGUUAUGUUGGGUUGAAUAAAAAGUGAACACGAUUUUACGAGCAGCACGAACUUUUUAACGGGGGUGUCGAUAAAUACUGGCAUUGGAAUUAUAUUGAUAUAUGGAGAGAGCAAUCAGAAAUAGAAGACCGCCUAUAAUAAAAUUACAAUCAUGUGGAUCGCAAAAGUCAUUAUUAUAUAACACACUUUUCGAUUUAUUUUAACAAACCUAAAUUAUCUCAUUGUCAGUGCCAUACAUAUAUAUACAUAUACGGAUAUUUUUUGAAACUUUUUAAAUUAAUAUUUGAUAACAACAGUUUCGCAUUGUUGCUCAAAACCAAAAUUGCCGCAAUAAUUGAUGAUUGUCGAAGCAAUUCGCAGUGACAAAUAAAUUAUUCGCGAAAAACCCGCGGGACAAGGAACCGCAGAACUAUAAAAGAUAUAUGUUACAAAUUGUGGCAAAAAAUUGUUGACUUUAUCGUGCAUGGCAGUUCUCAACCUAAAGCGACAUUAGGAAAUUAACGAGCGACGAACGGGAAGCUAUAGUCAGCAGUGCAGUUAUGUGACAAGAGUUUGAUAAAGCGACGUUUCGAAAAAUGAUGUGUAACGUCCGGCACGGGAUACCUUCAUCGAUAUAAAAGCUUGAGAGCCGAUUUAGGGGUGAAAACGACGAAAGAGGUAAAAUCGACGAGCUCGCGACAAGAAGAAAAUGUCGAUUCAAGAGCGCAACCUGUCCGAAAACCUGGUCUCCACCGAAUAUUUCGGUGCCUUGGUGAUCGGUGACGGCUCGCCGAUCGUUACCGAGCUUCCGCGGUUCUCCAGCGUCACUUCCGAAAUUACCAACGUCACCACGCCAGUCAUUUCGCAAUCGUCGAGUCAGGACAGCCUACUGGAGAACCUCAUUAUACCGUUGUACGGGACGAUCUUCUUCCUCUCCAUUGUCGGAAAUUCUUUGGUGCUCAUCACCCUGGCGAGGAACAAGCGGAUGCGGACAGUGACAAAUGUCUAUCUGCUAAAUUUGGCUGUAUCGGAUCUUCUGCUUGGUGUGUUCUGUAUGCCUUUUACUCUUCUGGGUCAGAUUCUCAAGAACUUUGUUUUUGGUCUCACAAUGUGUAAACUGAUACCUUAUUUUCAAGCCGUGUCGGUGUCGGUGGGUGUCUGGACUUUGGUAGCUAUUUCUCUAGAACGUUACUUCGCUAUUUGCCGACCGUUGAAGUCGAGACGAUGGCAGACACAAUUUCAUGCUUACAAAAUGAUUGCUGUCGUGUGGACUCUCAGUCUUACGUGGAACGCGCCGAUCCUGAUCGUAUCUCGAUUAAAGGAUUUGCGUGGAGGAAGACGUAAAUGUCGCGAAGAAUGGCCGAAUGUCGGUACCGAGAGAGCGUACAAUCUUUUCCUGGAUGGCACGUUGCUUCUGAUACCACUGCUGCUCAUGAGUCUGGCCUAUUCGCUGAUAGCGAUAAAACUCUGGCGCGGUUUGAAGCUCGAGAUACGACAGUCGUCGACAUGCACUAGAAGACUAGAGAGAACAGCGUCUAACGCGACAGUUCGAGGCUCAACUUACAACAAUAACAAUGACAGAGAAGCAAGAUCGACGACGUUUCGCGCUUGCGGUCCAACUUCGAGGUCGCGUCGAGGCUUCUCGUCUUCUUCGAGGCACUUUCAAGGCGCUCAGGGUGCACCAUCUAGGAAAAAGGUGCGGUCACCACGGACAGUAGUCUCCAGGGUGCUUCUUACCGACAAGUGUCACGGUACAGAUUUGUCCCAGGGAUCCAGGAUUCAGAUACGAGCGAACGGAAGCAACUGCUUAACGCGGGACACGAAGGAUCUCCCUAACGAGGAUCAGCAGGACUCGACCUGCCCGUUUAGCAGACAACACGUGAUACGCAGUAAUUACAUGGGAAAAAGCAUCGAGGCCAAGAAGAAGGUGAUCCGAAUGCUCUUCGUGAUUGUCCUCGAGUUCUUCGUGUGCUGGGCGCCGCUGCACGUGAUCAAUACAUGGUAUCUUUUCGCGCCCGAUCUGGUCUAUUCGAUCGUCGGUAGCACCGGCAUCAGUCUGGUCCAGUUAUUGGCCUAUGUGUCCAGCUGCUGCAAUCCCAUCACGUACUGUUUCAUGAACAGAAAAUUUCGUCAAGCGUUCCUUGGUCUCUUCGACUGCCACCGUUGCUGGAGGGUAGGUUGCAGACACAGCGACAUCGCUAUGGCGGCCACGGGAAAUGCCGGGCAAGCUGGCAAUAACAGCGAAUUAAGCGGAAAUGACUCGACGGUGUAUCUAGGCAGAGCAUCCCUCGUCGCCAGAUCAGAGGUGGUUCGGUUGCUGGAGGAGGAAGAUCGCGUCUAGUAUAGGUCGUGCGGAUUAUGCGAUGGGGCGACGGAACCGAAUGUAUCUCUGCCCCAAUUUCGCGAGCAGGAGGAGGAUUUCUUCCUGAAAAUAUCCUGGCGCUCGCCCGCCGACAGGAUCGCUUGUCGUGGAAGCGGCAAGGAAACACUCGCGUGUGCGUCUCAUUGCUCAUCGAGAUCUUCUUGCAUGGACAAUCUCAACUUCCUUUACGAUUAAGCGAAAGUAAGCGAGAUGCAUCGACGUCGAGGCGCGUAUUUUUUGGCCUAACAUAGAAAUUUCGGGAGAUCUCUUUUUAUACUUUUAGUUCAUUCAUAUAUGGAGAUUACGAAAGGUUCGGAGAAACGUCUCUAUAUAGUAUCUUGCCGGCUUCUCCGUUGAAUAUGUCUUAUUUUUCUAUUCCGCAUAAAAUCGAUCGCAUUCAUAGAAAAAUAUAAUAUCGCGUUAGUGUUUUUUGUACAGAUCUCUGUCAAACAGAUCGGACGGAUGAAAGUUUUUUACAAUGUAAUCGCAGAUACGUAAAAUUAAAUUAGUUUGUCAAAUAUAUUAUAUAUCUUAAUGAAUUAACAAUUUAAAAUUGAUGAAAUUGAUAUUCAUUAAUAAGUCAUAUAUUAAGUGUAUAAUUGAUCGAUACGUUUCUAAUAAUGAUAAAAUACUUCAAAAUGAUAGUUACAAAUAU